UUUAAUUCAAAUCAAUUAGAAUUGCAAAAAAUAGCUAUGGAGGAGGACCAAGAGGCAGCUCUUUUGCACCGGUACCGUAGCGAUCGCCGGAAACUUCUACAGUUCCUCUUAUCUUCCGGUUUAAUUAAAGAAAUCCGAACUACAACCGGUCCACUCAGUUCUCUCAGUAGCAUCAAUUUCGAUACUCUCAGUACUGAUUACAUACUACACUCGCUGAAAUCAGGUGGAGUUAUUGAUGUUACUGAAGCUACUAGAAAUUACUCGCUAGAAUCUGCUUAUCCUGUCACGAUUCAGUUGCGAGGAAGGGAUUCAUAUUUUCUUGUUUCUGAUCCGGAUGUAGCUGGAUCUCCUCCUAGGCGUGUGCCGCCUCAAAUAAGUUUCCACCAAACUACUAACACGUGUCGAUCAUCAAACCAGACUGUUUGUUCAUUAGACAAUGAGAAUCGUACAGCACUUAAGAAUGAUUACCGUCCUAGAGAUAAAAUGGCAACAGAUGUACCUGUUAGGCCCUUACAGAAGUGUUCAGAAAUUCCUCUGCUUGGUUUGCCUAGUCUCAACACAGGAUUGUCGGAUGAUGAUAUGCGCGAAUCAGCUUAUGAGUUGUUGCUUGCAACUAUUUUUCUAUCUGGGAACUCUGGAGUUGAGGCCUAUUCAAAUGUCGAUAGAAAGAAAGAAAAGAGUUCCAAGUUUUUGUCUGGGUUAAAAAGUAAGAAGGAGAAAAUGCUCUCACAUUCACAAUCACAAUUACAAUCUGUAGGAAUAAACUCGGAGUUCCUCAACACUAUUCGUGUUCAGAUGCAGAUUUCAGAAGCAAUGGAUGCUUGCAUCAGGCGGAAUUUGAUGCAGUUGGCAGCAAGGAGAAUGCAUGAACAUAUUGACCUAGCUCAUCUUUCACUGGGGCUUUUGAAUGGAAUUUUCCAAUCUGAUUUUCGUAAUGAAAAGUCUUAUAGGCAAUGGAAAAAUAGACAGGCAAAUACAUUAGAGGAACUUCUUUUCUUUUCUGCUAAUGGCAUGACAACUGCACAUCUAAGCAUCAAAAGCCAUGUUGCAAGGAUCAGAGAUGAGAAGGAAUGGGAUGCUAAAAUGUCACCAUCUGAGCGAGUUGCAGUUCUAGCAUCUAUAAGACAAGUUGCUGAAACUUUGUCAUCUUUGCCAGGGCGAUUUGGCAUUGAAGGUGAAACCUACUAUUGGACUGCUUGCUAUCAGUUGAACAUGCGACUUUAUGAGAAGUUACUUUUUGGUGUUUUUGACAUUCUUGAUGAAGACCAACUCAUAGAGGAAGCUGAUGAGGUGUUAUCACAUUUUAAACUAACUUGGCCUGCUUUAGGCAUCACAGAGAAAUUGCAUAAUGCAUUGUAUGGGUGGGUCCUUUUCCAACAGUUUGUUGAGACAGAUGCUGGACAGCUUUUAGAAAAUGCAGUGCUUAAGUUGCACAAAUUUCUUUCUACUGAAGAGCUUGACUGGAAGGAGUACAUGGAUAGCCUUGUAUGUUCAAGGCAAUGUAAUGGGCAUGAGUUAAAAUUAAAGUUGGAGUCAUCUAUUUGCCUCUCAAUAGGCAUCUGGUGUGACAGUACAUUGCAAGAUUAUCACCUGCAUUUCAGUCAGAAACCUUCUUGUUUCAGAACAUUGAUGACUCUGGUGUCAGCAGUUGGAGUUCUUAUUUUCGAUGAUCGUGGUGAAGUUAAGUUAAGAAAAUUGAGUGCUUCAGAUGCAAAUGUUUCUAACAAGCUUAAAUGUUAUGUCAAUAAAUCUACUGAAGCCAUAUAUUGGCGGGUUGCUAACAAAGUUGAAGUUGAAGCUCACGCACAAAGGAUGCAUCCCCUUGCUAUGCUUGCUAAGGAACUGAAGUUGAUUGCUGAGAGAGAGUUCAAUGUCUUUUGGCCAGUCUUACGUCAAUGGUGUCCUGAAUCACUGAUGAUGUCCAUUGUUAUGUUGCACCAAUUUUAUGGGGAAAGACUGAAGCCUUUCCUAAAGGGGGUGUCGUCUCUUUCUGAAGAUGUUAGGUCAGUUCUUCCUGCUGCCAAAAUGUUGGAUGAAUACUUGAUUCAGCUACAUUCUAUGGCUUUGGUAGCAGAUAGAUCUUUUCACUCUUCCGACCAAACUUUGGACCAUUAUCAGAUUGGAGAAGUUUCUACGCCUCUCAUUCUUGACUGGGUGAUAUCUCAGCAUGCUCAUAUCUUGGAAUGGACUGGACGUGCUUUUGAUAUUGAGGAUUGGGAGCCUUUAUCAAUUCAUCAACGACAGGCAGCAUCUAUAGUUGAAGUUUUUAGGAUCAUAGAGGAGACUGUAGAUCAGUUCUUUGGCUUGAAUCUCCCUGUGGAAAUCACCCAUCUACAAGCUUUAUUAUCCGUAAUUUUUCACAGCUUGGAUACCUAUUUGAUGAAAAUGCUCAACCAGUUAGUUGAUAAAAAGCACCUCUGUCCAUCUCUUCCUCCUUUAACUCGUUACACUGAGACUGUUAUUCCAGUAAUCAAUAAAAGGUUGCUGGACUGUGAGCCAUUGGAUGACAAUGUAAAUAAUAAGCUGAAUGAGUUGACAGUGCCAAAACUUUGCAUUAGACUAAAUACACUUCAAUAUAUCCAGAAGCAAGUUGGCAAACUAGAAGAUAAUAUCAGAAAAUCUUGGGAGCUGAUCAAGCCUUCUCAUAAUGAAAAAUGCACAAAAGAGGAUUCCACCAAGGAGAAUAGUUUGCUAUCACAUAGGGAAGCUAUUGAUGCACUAUUUGCAACCACGUUUAGCAUCAUCAAGGAUACUGCAAGAGAUGCUAUCAACAUGAUUUGUGCCUUCACUGGGGAAAAAAUCGUGUUUUGGGACCUGAGAGACAAAUUCUUGUCUCAUUUAUAUCGUGGCAAUGUUGAAAGUUCUCGUCUGGAAAGUUUUCUUCCUCAUGUUGAUGCUGUCCUCAAUCUCAUAUGCGGAUUGAUUGAUGAUAUUCUCAGAGACAUUUUGGUGCUAAGCAUAUUUCAAGCAUCAAUGGAAGCCUUUAUUUGGAUAUUGUUAGAUGGAGGGCCUUCUCGGGCAUUUUCUGAUUCAGAUGUUUCUUUGAUGGAAGAUGACUUUAUUAUUCUGAAGGAUUUCUUUGUAGCUGAUGGAGAAGGCCUUCCUCGCUCAUUAGUUGAGAAAGAAGCUAGAUUUGCUCAGCAAAUACUUGGCUUGUUUUCCAUUCAGACAGAAACUGUCAUCAGAAUGUUGAUGGAUGCAAGUGAACAUAUCUCAGUAGCAUAUGAUUCAGGUAAAAGUGGCCGGCGGUUAGAAGACGCUGACACACUAGUACGAGUCUUGUGUCACAAGAAAGACAGAGAGGCCUCCAAAUUCUUAAAAAAGCAAUAUCAGCUUCCUAUGUCCUCAGAGUAUGACGACACUUCGGAUAAAGAUUCAACUUUGAAAUCACCUCUUAUAUCAGAUUUUCUCAAGCGAAGCUACUCAAUUCAUUGGACAAAAGAAGGUCAAAGCAGUUUUAAAUCAAUAAAGAAGAAACUUCAAGAAGCAACAUCUGAGAUUAGGAAUGUGGCACGGUAACAAUGUUGUGGCAUGGCGUUGCGUAGGCCACAUUGAAUAUUUGAUGCAGGAGAGUUUUUGCCAUGCAGAAAACAGAAUGAAUUGUCCAGACAGCACCAAUACUAGUAAGCCUAUUCUGCAAUUAUAUUUUUACUAAACUCUGCGCUGUAAAAUUGUAAAUCAACACAAAUCUUGCGGGCAUCUUUCAUGUAGUAAGACAAAGUUAGUGAUAGUAAUAGGGUAUGGGAUAGUAUAGAGUGAAUUUAGCAUCACAUUUAAACUUGUCAAAAGCUGUUCAUCUUUAAUUCUUGAACUAUUUGUAUCAGUGUCUUGCUUCCUUAGCCGUUGGAUAAGGAAAUUUCUUGAUCCAUGUUAUAGAUAAUAUCAUUGUUGGAGUUUCA